CAGGACAAGCAGUCUUACCCGGGAUGCGAGGCUCGGACCCUGUCCUCGGGCGACGUGGAAAUGAUCAAGAUGGCUGAGGCGUCCGACUUUGAGGUUAUUGAAAAUCGUAAUGCGUUUGUUCGAGAGUAUAACCUCCUAUCCUCCGAGGUUCGUAUUCACCACCUCUCCUCCCAACCGCAUUACCGUUCGCUUCCUCUUCUGGUUCCGCUUCUCCCUUUUGCUACACCCCGGCGAGCCCGCUAAUCAUAACUAGCAUGGCCUCCCUAUGCUCGUGCCCGAAGCCCAAGUACCUUCAUCGGCCCCGCCCUCCUUGCACCUGCACCGCGGGGAAAAUUGGCUUAAACGAACUUUCUUGCGACGAAGGUCGAAUACAAGCAAUGCCAGCUCCACGAAAUCAGACCAAACUGUCAGGCAUAGGGGAAGCGCCAGCGAUCUGGCAAUGCAUCUAAUGGCUGGUACGAAGAGGGACAGUCUCAAGGAUCAAGAUCUUCCGUCACUGGUGCGGCUGUGCGGCAAGAGCACGCUGUAUCUGCCUGCAGAAUACGCCCCGGCUCCUUUGACCCUUCCUACAUGCUUCCGCGCCACUGCACAGUAUCUUGUACAACACGGCGUCGAGACCAGAGGGAUAUUUAGAAUACCCGGUUCGGUCCGAGUGGUCAAUGCUCUCUACGAGUAUUACUGUGCCGAUGGAGAUUUGGACGAGAUUACCAGCACGACUCGUUCUCCAAAUCUCCCAGCUCAUAUCAAGGCUAGGACCCAUGACGUCGCUUCAACUUUCAAGCGCUUGCUCAAGGGCCUUCCCAGAGGCAUCCUGGGCUCCAUGUGCCUGUUCGACACCUUGGUCACCAUUGCUAAUCGGCUGGACAAUUCAAAAAACACAGAGACUAUGGCAAGGCUGAUAGCUCUGGCACUCGGUGCUGUUGGGUCCCAUCUCCGCCGCGACCUGAUAUACGCGGUCUUCGGUCUUUUGUCCUUGAUCGGGCACCAUGCUGAGACGGCGCCACGAGAGGAUAGCCAGGGGAGGCCGCUUCCGGUGACAGAUCUAAUGAGCUACAGUGCCCUGGGCAUCGUCUUUGGCCCCCUGUUGAUUGGGGAUGAUAUCAAUUCCUCUACAACUGGGGCUUACAAUAUCAAUGCUAAGUUGGAGCCGCUCCAGACUCCUCAGUCUAACAGAUGGAGGUUAAGACGGAGAAGCAAGGAUUUGGCCGAUGGUUACCCGGGGACAGCCUCAAUGGACAGAGUCCACGUGGCCAACAACAUCACCGAGUUGAUCAUAACCCACUGGCAGAGGAUUGUAAAGCACACCAAAAGCCUGGCAUUGCUCGAAACAUCACCCCGGAGCAGGCCGUCGCUGUGGUCUUCUGUCUCCGACUCACUCCUAGUUAGAGGUCUUGGUGACUGGGAGGUCCUGCGACCUGCCUCGUGGCCAACUGCCAUGGGCGGACCCCCUGCCUCGUCGAGUCCUGCUCUCGAAGCCACGAUCAAGAUGACUGAACGCAUGGAGCGGCGCGAAAUGACCCGCUCCUCGUUCUCCUCGUUCGUAAUCCAGUCACAGCGAUCAAACGCAGCAAGACCAUUAUCAGGCCGUCGGCCGAGCAACCAAUAAGUAUCCAAAGUCAGCUAGGGGCGCAUGAGGAAAAUGCAUUUCGACUUAGCCCAGAAGAAAACGGAAAUUCCUCAUAUCUACCCAAAAUCCAAUGUCAACUCUUCACGCCGGGGAAAAGCGUUGGGUUGAGCGUAGAAAUAACGCUUGACGCCACCAGAGAGGGAG